CGUUUUAGCUGAUAUGCGUCUGAAGACUCCUGCCAAAAUUUCUAACCCCUUCAUCGGUUAUACUGUGGAAUAUCUCAGAGAGGGCGAUGACGAUGUACUCUGACGCCUCUUCUUCGAUUGUUCGUCUCAAUAUAGGGGGAAAGAAAUUCUGCACAACUGUUGAUACGCUAACUCAGCGGGAGCCUCAUUCCAUGCUUGCUGCUAUGUUCAGUGGUCGUCACACGCUCUGCAAGGACUCUGAGAAGGGAUAUGUAUUUGUUGAUAGGGAUGGGAAACACUUUCGGCAUAUUUUAAAUUGGUUGAGGGAUGGUGUAGUUCCUAACUUGACUGAUUUAGAGUGUUCAGAGCUUUUGCGGGAGGCAGAAUACUAUCAGCUUCUUGGACUAGUAGACGGCAUAACUGAGGUCUUCAAUAAGAGGAAGGAGGAUGAAGAAAUGGAUACUGAAUUGACGCGCACCGAUAUUAUCAAAUGUGUACAAUCUGAAAAAGUCAGGUUGAGAGGAGUAAAUCUAUCUGGACUCGAUCUCUCUAAACUGGACUUGUCAUAUGUGGACUUCAGCUAUGCCUGCCUGAAAAAUGUGUUCUUCUCACGUGCUGAUCUUCAUUGUGCAAAAUUUCGGGAUGUAGAUGCUGAAAAUGCCAUUUUUCACAAUGCAACAUUGCGUGAAUGUGAGUUCACGGGAGCAAAUCUUCGUGGAGCUUUGCUGGCUGGGGCUAAUCUUCAGAGUGCAAACUUACAAGAUGCUUGCUUAAUAGAUUGUAGCUUCWGCGGUGCAGACCUGCGCUCUGCACAUCUACAGACUGCUGAUCUUACAAAUGCAAAUCUGGAGGGAGCCAAUCUGGAAGGAGCCAACCUGAAGGGUGCCAAAUUGAGCAAUGCCAAUUUGAAGGGUGCAAACCUUCAACGAGCUUAUUUGCGUCAUGUGAAUCUUCGUGAUACUCAUUUGGAAGGUGCAAAGCUGGAUGGUGCUAAUUUGCUUGGAGCAAUUAGAUGACAAUGAAGUGAUUCAAGAGUGAAGAAGAAUAUGUUUUGUUUUCUGUACUUGAUUCCAAUCUGCUUCUUGUUGAUGCAUAGAUUUGCUGGUAAUCUGUGGGUUAAACAAAGUAUGCUCAGCCUUUUUAUUUCAAUUUCUAUGUACAUACAGAUUAUCAAUCAAUCAAUCUCUUAUCUGCAAUAAAAUAAAAUUAAAAAAAGGAGAUUGACAUCAUUUUUAUC